UGACAAAAAUGUAACGCAGUAGAUCAACAAGUGAAUGUUAAAUGCUUGCUGUCUUCCACUUGUGGCGGUGAAUACGUUUUAAUAAAACGAAAUAUAAAGUUGUGCUCGCGCUUCGCCCUUCGAUAGCAGACGGGCUUAUCAGAGGUGGUGUAUCAUUUGGAUGUGACAGAAGCACUUCCCUUCCUGCAAAGAUACAGACCGUUCUUCCAGGGUGAUACACUCGGCGUGUGCUGAUUGGCUGAAACCUUGACGAUGCGCUGAUUCUACACCAUGGCUCAGGAGGCUCUGUGGAAAUACCCACAAUCCUCAGCUCCCUAAUUUACACCGACAGCGUCUGAGGCUCAUCGAGAAAACCUGUCCAAGCCAUGAUGUCAGUCUGCGUGCCCCCACCACGUAACUCCUCCCCCUCUGUGGACGUAGCCAAUCGCAACGGUCCCCCUGCAACUCCGCCCACAUCCCUCAGCUUGCGCUCUUCACACAAUCAACUGCUCAGUGGUGAUGUCAUCAAACAGGGCCAGUCCACACCCCCCAAAUGUCGGAAAAAGUAUGCCCUCACGAGCAUCCAGAGUGCAAUGGGACUGGGAGAAGGUGGGACACCACCGUCAUCAUCUUCCACUGCCGCCAAUCCUAAACUGGCCAAAAACGGAGCGAAUCAGUUACGUAAAGCCGCAGAACACCAGGAUCACAACAAAAAUACCACCAAAGAAGAUGAAGACGGUAACAUGGCCGUCGAAUCGGAGCUCAACAUUGAUGAUGAGGAUGAUGACUUGACCGUUGAGGAAUUAAGCCUUGACAGUGAGUCCAACAUUGACGUUGAUCAAAGUGACUUUGACCCUAAUAAUCAGCUUGUUAAUGAGGAUGUAAAUGAGUCGAUUGAUGAUGACACUAAUGAGGAGGAUCUUGUUCAACCCGUGGAGAAUUCUGACAACCUGCUCAUCCUGUCUGAGAAAUCCGAGAUUGUCUCGGACAGGAAGUCCUUCGAGAACCUUAAGACCAAGAGUUACAUGGAAUCAUGCCUCGACGACCUAUCAUAUGACCUGCCUGAUGUUCAGGAUGAUGAUGUUGUCACAAAACCAUUGCUGAUAAAAGAGAAAAAUCCCACGUCUCCAAGGAAACAACAGAGCCCUGAGGACACUCCCCUGCUUUCUGUUGGCUCUUCUUCUUCCUCUUCCUCACCGGAGACGAAAAAGGACCGACCACGUACAGGAGCCAAGACAGACCGUGCGCUAAACCGCAUCCAGAACCUUCCGCACAGCGAUGAGGAGUGCAGCUGGACAACACUGUCACAGGACAGCGCAUCGCUAGGCUCACCAGAGGAAAGCGAUAUCUGGGGCGAGCAGUCGUUUCAGACAGACCCUGAUUUGCCUCCAGGAUGGAAGAUGAUGACAGACAUGGCUGGUAUUUAUUACUGGCACAUUCCAACGGGUACCACACAGUGGGAAAGACCCGCCCCAUGCCAUCCUGUGCCAACUGGCCCCAGUCAUGAUAGCCGCAAACACUCACUGGGCUCUCUUUCGCCCUCACCCACUCCAGAUCAUGAGUCAUUGUCUCAUGCCGAUGUGUUUUUUGGAGCGUCAAGCCGUUCAGGCAGCACCACCUCUGACUGUUCCGCUGAUCCCGCUCCUAUUCCCACCUCUUCCUGCGUAGACCCCACCCCUACUCUGUCUUCAAACUCUUCCUCAUCCUCUGACGGCAAUGUUCCUUCCUGCGGAUUUGUCAACAGCUGUUACUUUCCUCGUUCAUCAUCCCUACAGAUAAUGCCAGGGAAGGACAGACACUCUGAGACACGUCAUCGAGAGGAGGACAAGCUGAAACAGCCAUGGAGUGAUUUUGCAGUGGGAAAGAUUGAUAGUGAGAUCUGGAAGGAUUUACAGGCAGCCACAGUAAACCCUGACCCCAGUCUAAAGGAGUUUGAAGGCGCGACUCUCCGAUACGCCUCCCUCAAGCUACGAAACCCUGCUCCUGUGGAAGAGGAAGAUUCGAGCAGUGUAAACAGUGACCCUGAAGUCAAGUGUUUCGCGGUGCGAUCUCUCGGCUGGGUCGAGAUGGCAGAAGAGGACUUGGCUCCCGGUAAAAGCAGUGUCGCUGUUAAUAACUGCAUUCGCCAACUGUCUUACUGCAAGAACGACAUCCGAGAUACCGUGGGCAUCUGGGGAGAGGGGAAGGAUAUGUACCUUAUUCUAGAAAACAACAUGCUGAAUCUGGUCGACCCCAUGGAUCGCAGCGUUCUACACUCUCAGCCAAUAGCAAGCAUCCGUGUGUGGGGUGUCGGACGUGAUAAUGGAAGGGAUUUUGCAUAUGUAGCGCGAGAUAAGGACACCCGCAUAUUAAAAUGUCAUGUGUUCCGCUGUGACACCCCUGCCAAAGCCAUCGCCACCAGUCUGCACGAGAUCUGCUCCAGGAUCAUGACAGAACGCAAGAAUGCUAAAGCUAUGGCUGGAGGAUCCCUACAGGACAGAUCACAUACCGGACUUGACCUCCCACUACAAGCAGAGUUCCCCACACCAAAGACUGAACUGGUGCAGAAAUUCGAAGUGUUAUAUGUUGGUAUGACGCCAGUUGCUAGACCUAUAGGCAUGGAAGUUCUCAACGGUGCAAUAGACAAUUUGCUGACAUCAUCAGUACGAGACGACUGGAUCCCCGUGUUGUUGAACGUAGCCGAUGCAACAGUCACAGUCAUCAAAGAGAAGGAGGAAGAGGAAGUCUUGGUGGAGUGUCGUGUGCGAUUCCUGUCUUUCAUGGGAGUAGGAAAAGACGUGCAUUCAUUCGCGUUCAUCAUGGACUCUGGGAACCAGCACUUUGAGUGUCAUGUUUUUUGGUGUGAACCCAAUGCGGGCAGCGUCUCUGAGGCUGUUCAGGCAGCAUGCAUGUUGAGGUAUCAGAAGUGUCUGGUGGCACGCCCUCCAUCUCAGAAAGCCUGCUCACAGGCUCCCCCUGCUGAUUCAGUCACACGCCGAGUUUCCACCAGCGUCAAACGCGGCGUUCUUUCACUCAUCGACACUCUCAAACAGAAAAGACCGGUCACUGAGCUGCCUCAGUGAUCUGACCAACAUGCACGCAUACUCACUUUCACGCUCUGCAUGCUUAGAAAUACCAGAAUGUUCUGUACAUAGCUGCCGCUCAAUUGAUGGAGCCGAAGAGGAAAUCAAUGGCGAAAACUGUGUGAAAGAGAAACCACAUGUUGGGGAUGAGCAAUCUAGUGAGCCAAUACCAAGAAAACCCACCCUUUACUUGCACAAGUACACAAACACCUAAUCCUUCAUCUUGAACCACUCUCUUUUCAAUUACGCGUAUGUCAGUCAUGUGUGUAUCUGCAUGGGAAGCCACGCCUCUCCAGCAUGACACAAACUAGCAGGCUCCGCCCAUCUAUAAACUCCACUCUAUGUGGACAAGCCUGCCUGAAGUUUUUAAGCAUAAUUGAGCAGAUAACUACUUUAGUUUAUGGAAUUCAGGCAAAUACAGCUGCUUCACCAGAGCUUCAUUGUGGUUGUUACUGUAGCUGCUAGACAAUACGCCUAGAGGAGCUUCAUACUGCUUAAGGAUGUUUGGCACUUUUCAUGAAUACAGUUUGGUGUCUCAUUACUUUUAAAGCAUUCGAGGCUAAAGUUCAAUGUUAUUUGUUGUGAAACUGUUGGAUACUAUUGGACUCCAUUCAUCCAAUUCAACCCUGUUAUGGAUGUUAAAGGGAUAGUUCACCCAAAAAUGAAAAUUCUCUCAUCAUUUACUCACUCUCAUGUCUUUACAAACCUGUAUACAUUUCUUUAUUCGAAUGCAUACGAAUUAAGAUAUUUUGGGUAAAUGUUUGUAACCAAACA